AUGUGCGAAGACGCGGGUUUCGAGGAUAUCUCCGUCUGUCGAAACCCGGAUUACAUGGACCUCGCCCCGCGACUCGCGGCGAACGGCACCACGACCAAACCCGAAGAAAACGACGAGUACGGGGGAGUGGAGGAGGAAGAAGAGGAAGAGGAGGAGGAAGGGGGAGAAGCGGGAGAAGAAGGCGACGAGGUGGAAGGGGAGGAAGGGGGAGGCGGGAAGGCGGCAAAAGGGGGUUCAGCGGUGGCAAUGGUGUGGUCGGGGCGAGUGUUUGCACUGCACGACGUGUAUGUGAACAACAAGGGGCAGGUGUUCAACGCCACACAUGUUUUCAACCCCAACGGCUGCUACGCCGAAGACAAGGUGCGCGUGGGUGCGAGGGGGAGGGAGGAGGGAGAGAGGGACGAAAAGUUCCACUAUGAGGCAGGCACGCGAGUCUCCUCCUACAACUUCCUCAUUAACCUGCUGUUCCACUACGAGGCGGGCACGCGGGUCUCCUCGUACAACUCGCUGGUGAACCUGCUGGUGAUCGGCGGCACGCCCGGAGCGCGGGUGCCCUUCCACGAGGUCCUGGAGCUCGUGCCGCUCUUCCUGCCACUCUCCCGCGUGCUCAAGAAGCAUGGCAAGCCCGCCCUCGUCAUGCGCGGCAAGAAGCUGCCUCGAGUGGUGGGCAUCACCAUGGGUCGCAUGCUCUCCUUUGGGGAUGCCGCUCGCCUCCUCUUCGUGCGGACACUCAUCCAGCCCACCUACCAGCACCGCCAGCACCCCCACUCCGCUCCUCCUACUUUCCUGAAACCCCUCUCCCCUUGCUCUUUCCCCUACCCCUGUCCCCCCUGUGCUGUGCAGCCCACCUUCCAGCACUGUCAGCACCCCAGCCCCUCCCUCUGGUCCAAGCUCCGCUCCUCGCACUUCCUGCAGCCCCGCGGUCUCCCCCUCCUCAACCCUGACUGGUCCGAGCGCCUCCCCCCCUCCUCCCCCAAGACGCGCUCCCCCCCCGCCGCCAUACCCCCCUGGGAGACGAGUGGGGUGAAGGAGGUGAUAGUGCUGGAGCCACCAGCAGCAGUGCAGGUGAAGGGCUUUGCCGGGAUAGUGGCGGGGCUGAAGGGCAGGUUUGGCGCGGAGCAUGUGAGGCUGGUGGGCAGGUUCCAAAGGGAUGAUGCUCGGGAUCUGUUUCCCCGGGCGGCGCUGCUUGUCAGUGUCACGAGCCCGUUUCUUGUCAACCUCGCGUUUCUGCCGCCCCGCGCUGCCCUGCUGGAGCUCCGCCCGCCGCCCGCUGAGGUGGAUGCGGUCAUCGCUGACUCAGUCGCCAGCCUGGCAGCCGCCUGCCAGAUUCACCACCGCGUGAUCCGAGGAAGCUUCGUGGAAGGAGCGGCAGGUGGGGGAAGAGGAAAAGGGGCAGAGGAGGGUGCAGGAAAGGGUGUGGUGGAGUGGAGGAGCGGGGCAGUGGAGGCAGCAGCGAUGUUUCUGGCUCGAGUGGUGGGCAAGGCAUUAACGGCGGAUGAGAAAGUGGUAGAGGAGGCAGUUCUGACAGCCGCCGACCGGCGAAUGAGAGCCGCGCAGCUGGCGCAGGCAUCCACCAGUAAGCAGCCGCUCAUUCCCGGCACGCAGAUCCAAUCUCUGCCGUCCGCCGCCCGCUUCCGGCGCUGGCUGCGGUGCGUGAGUCAGCGCGGGCGAUGGGCGUACAACGCAACGCCGCGCAUCCUCCCUUGGGAGUACCUGGGAACCAUGAACCUGUGCGACCACCGGCACCAGGAGACCACCGGGGGACUCGUGACGAAAAAAGCCGACAAGUAUGUGAUGGAGGGCGGCGCGUCGGGCGGCUGGAGCGUGCGCGAGUCGCUCAAAUACGAGUGGAGAACGCCGCCCGGGAAGUGCCCGAUCGGCCCGCUGAGGCAGUUUGACGGGGAUACGUUUUGCCGGAAGGCGGAGGGGCGGAAAGGCGGGCUGAAUUUGGUGUUUCUGGGGGAUUCGUUGGCGCACCAGAUGGUUGUCAGCUUCCUCAACGGCCUCCUCAGACACAUUCCCAAACCUGCCGUGUGGGCUGUGAAUGAAACGAUUCCCCAGGAGUGCUCUGAUUGGCUGGUGGAGCCCCCAAGGCAUGCCUACUGCCGAGUGUACACAUUUAACGAGAGUGUUUGUCCCGGCCUCAAGGUUCAAUUCGUGCGGAACGACCAUCUGUGGUUCACUUCGCCUGGAGAAGCCAAGUUUGACCACAUUCCAUGGCACUUGUACUCUGGGUUGAACGAUGCUCAUGUGGUGGUGGUGAAUCGAGGCGCGCACUUCAUUGGAGGGAAGGACUUCGAGAGGAGUGUGCCGGCUGCGUUGUCAUUUCUCCGCAAGAAGCUGCCCGACGCGCUCAUCAUCUGGAGGAACACCCCCCCCGGCCACGCCAACUGCACCACCUACAUUGGGCCGAUUAAAAAGCGCCAAAAUCCGGAGAUUCUGCCGUUCCACUGGGACAUGUUUACUCGGCAGAACAAGCUGGUGCGAGGCAUGAUGCAUGAGAUGGGAGCAGUGUACAUGGAUGUGGAUACUGCCACCGCGCUGAGACCAGACUCGCACAAAGGCUUUGUGGAAGAGAGGGGGAUCCUAGACUGCCUUCACUAUUGCACACCCGGUCCGACAGAUAUGUGGGUGGAGCUUCUAGCUGAUAUAAUAUUGCGUGGAGUUUAUGGGGAUGGGCUCGCUCCUUUAGGCGUGACAUGA